AUGCCCUUUCCAUCGCUUCGUCAGAUAUUUGCCGCUUUCAGGUCACCAGAGCAAGAAGCCGACCUUUCCAGGACAGCCUUCAGUCGAUUUCUUCUUUUCAUCUUCACUAUAACAUCAUUAAGUCUAUUGGCUAGCAAAGCCGUUCAAAAAGCAGCCAUCAAUUCCAGUUCUUGA